GCCACAGGCGGGGAAAGCCCUCACUCACUCGCUCAGUCACACUCCCCAAGUAAGUCCACAGCCAGUCUCUCUCUCUUUGCUGGCUCCCGACUGAGCCCCGCGCAAGAAACAGACACUCGAACUCUCACAGCACGCCGAGCUUGCUUGCGCUCAACAUGGCUGAUCCAAGUUUGAACGAGUCGUCCACCGAGGACGUCGCUAAUAGGUUUGCUCGCAAAGGCGCCCUGAGGCAGAAAAACGUCCACGAAGUCAAGAACCACAAGUUUACUGCCCGGUUCUUCAAGCAGCCGACUUUCUGCAGCCACUGCACGGACUUCAUCUGGGGCUUUGGAAAACAAGGAUUCCAGUGCCAAGUUUGCUGUUUUGUGGUCCAUAAGAGGUGCCAUGAGUUUGUCACAUUCUCCUGUCCAGGAGCUGAUAAGGGGCCAGACACAGAUGAUCCCAGAACGAAACAUAAAUUUAAGAUCCACACCUUCGGGAGCCCCACCUUUUGUGACCACUGUGGCUCUUUGCUGUACGGCCUCAUCCAUCAAGGCAUGAAGUGUGACACGUGCGAUAUGAACGUCCAUAAGCAGUGCGUCAUGAAUGUUCCCAGCCUGUGUGGGACCGACUACACUGAAAGGAGGGGGCGCCUUUUCCUCAAGUGUGAGGUCAGCGGUGAGAAGCUGCAGGUCACAGUUGGUGAAGGCAAGAAUCUGAUACCUAUGGACCCCAACGGCCUCUCUGAUCCAUACGUCAAACUCAAGCUCAUACCUGACCCCAAAAAUGAGACCAAGCAGAAGACCAAAACCAUCCGCUCAAACCUGAACCCAAAAUGGGGCGAAACAUUUACCUUCAAAUUGAAACCCACAGACAAGGACCGCAGGCUGUCGGUGGAGGUGUGGGACUGGGAUCGGACAACCAGGAAUGACUUCAUGGGCGCCCUUUCGUUUGGUGUGUCGGAGCUCAUGAAGGCAGCGGCGUGUGGCUGGUAUAAGUUGCUGUGCCAAGAGGAGGGAGAGUAUUACAACGUUCCCAUCUCAGAGGAGGAUGAUGGGAAUGAAGAACUGAGACUGAAAUUUGAGAAAGCCAAGCUGGGCCCAGCCAAGAAGGCCAACACAGAAACAGAUGGCAUCCCAUCCAGCCAGCUGCCAAGCAACAGCUUGGACCAGGUCAAACUCAGUGAUUUCAGUUUCUUGGCUGUACUUGGGAAAGGCAGUUUUGGCAAGGUCAUGUUGGCAGAAAUGAAGGCCACGGAGGACCUGUAUGCAAUAAAGAUCCUAAAAAAAGAUGUGGUGAUUCAGGACGAUGACGUGGAAUGUACUAUGGUAGAGAAGAGGGUCCUGGCUCAGCAGGACAAACCGCCCUUCCUCACGCAGCUACAUUCGUGCUUCCAGACUGUGGAUCGUCUGUACUUUGUCAUGGAGUAUGUAAAUGGAGGAGACCUCAUGUAUCACAUCCAACAAGUGGGAAAGUUCAAGGAACCACAGGCAGUCUUCUAUGCAGCAGAGAUCGCUGCUGGUCUCUUCUUCCUUCACCUUAAAGGCAUCAUCUACAGAGAUCUAAAGUUGGACAACGUGAUGCUGGACAGUGAGGGACACAUUAAAAUUGCAGACUUCGGCAUGUGCAAAGAGAACAUGUCAGAUGGAGUGACCACUCGCACCUUCUGCGGCACCCCAGACUACAUCGCCCCUGAGAUUAUUGCAUAUCAGCCUUAUGGACGCUCUGUUGACUGGUGGGCCUAUGGUGUUCUUCUAUAUGAAAUGUUAGCUGGACAGCCUCCUUUUGAUGGAGAGGAUGAAGACGAGUUGUUCCAGUCCAUUAUGGAGCACAAUGUGUCCUACCCAAAGUCUUUGUCCAAAGAAGCUGUUUCUAUCUGCAAAGGGUUAAUGACCAAACAUCCGUCCAAGCGUCUGGGAUGCGGCCCUGAAGGAGAGCGGGAUGUCAGAGAACAUGCUUUCUUCAGGCGUAUUGACUGGGAACGUCUUCAGAAUAAGGAGAUUCAGCCGCCAUUCAAGCCCAAAGUGUGUGGCAAAGCAGCGGAGAACUUCGACAAGUUCUUCACGCGCACUCAGCCUCAGCUCACACCUCCCGACGAGUUGGUGAUCGCCAACAUCGACCAGGCCGAGUUUGCCGGCUUCUCCUUCAUAAACCCACAGUUUGUGCACCCGUCGCUCCCAAACAGCGCAUGAAAAGGAUGGCCAACCCCCCUUUCAUACCCCACUGUGAAGGAUUUCCUCUACUCACUGCCAUCCCCUCAAACUAAAUUCCCUAACCUACGGCCACCACUUGACAAUUCAAAACUUGAUGCAUCAUUUCUAAUCAAAACCAGGUUUUUAGGGCAUGCUUAUAAGUUUUUAUGGUAUAUUUUACAGUCUAGAUUGAGUUUGAUUUUGACUUUUUCGCCAACAAAAAGUGUUUCUGUUAGUUUCUUAAUGAGCAUGUAUUGAGUACAAAGAUGUUUACGCCAAAACUGGACGCACUGAGAUAAAAUUGUUUAUCAAAUGCCAGUAUGUGAUGUAAGAAAAGGAAUACAUUUACUCAUUGGCUGCUAUUGACGGUUUUUUAAUCAUUGCCAGUCCCUCACGUCUAUAACCUUUAAUGGCAGCCAAUAAAUUAAAGAGGAAGUUCAGAUUUUUAGAGAUCAGGCUUAAUUUUUGAGUUAGCGGGGGUUUAAUUAGUCGGUGGAGCUUGUUUCAACAAAUUCCGUUCAGUUUUUUAAAGUUAUUUGUUAGUUUCAAGGCUCUCGAGUGGCUAAGCUAGCACGAGUCAAUAGUGCUUGCUAGCAUGCCAAUAAAAAGCGAUAUUAAUAGUUGUAACCAGUAUUGUUAAUAACGGCGUUAGAGUAUAAUAGCGUUACUAACGGCGAUAUUUUUUUUUCAGUUGUGAGUAAUCUAAUUAAUUAAUUUUCUCAUCUGUAUUUAAUUUAUUGGCUGGCAUUAAAGGUGAAAGACAAGAGGUCUGUCACCCUUAAUGAGGUAUCUGGGUUUUAAUUAGUCGGUGGAACUGGUUUCCGUGCAGUUUUUAAAGUUAUUUGUUAGUUUCAGGGCUCCGGAGUGGCUAAGCUAGCGCGAGUCAAUGGUGUUUGCUAGCGUGCCAUUAAAAAACGAUAUUGAUAGUUGUAACUAGAGUUGUUCCGAUCAUGUUUUUUUGCUCCCGAUCCGAUCACGAUCAUUUUAGUUUGAGUAUCUGCCGAUCCCGAUAUUUCCUGAUCCGAUUGCUUUUUUUUUUUUUGCUCCCGAUUCAAUUCCAAUCAUUCCCGAUAAUUUUUCCCGAUCAUAUACAUUUUGGCAAUGGAUUAAGAAAAAACUGAAUAAAACUCGGACGAAUAUAUACAUUUAACAUACAGUACAUAAGUACUGUAUUUGUUUAUUAUGACAAUAAAUCCUCAAGAUGGCAUUUACAUUAUUAACAUUCUUUCUGUGAGAGGGAUCCACGGAUAGAAAGACUUGUAAUUCUUAAAGGAUAAAUGUGACUUUGUAUAUUGUGACUAAAUAUUGCCAUCUAGUGUAUUUGUUGAGCUUUCAGUAAAUGAUACUGUAGCCAUUUAACUUCUGCCCAAAUGCAUGAUGGGAAGUGUAACCAUGACUGUGCGUCAUGGUACCAAUUGAUAUAUCUUCUCUGCGUUGGGAAAUAACAUAAUGGUGUUAAGAAAAAACUACUACCUUUCAUCCCCACAUUGCUUCCCACGAUUAUUCUAAUCAUUGGGAGAGGGAUUGAAAGGCUUAGGCAUUUAGAAAAAGGCUCCAAAUGCUGCCAAAAUUAACGCUACUCAAUUCACGCUGCCUUUUAGCUCUAUAUACUGCAUGGGUAAAACGGCGCCAUUAUAGAUUGAACGCGACAAUGCGUAAGUGGGUCGUGCAGCGCAUGUGAUAAUAGCGGUAAAUAUUGUAAAGUGAUAAAUGUAAAAAAUAUUAAUUCUUGCCGUUAACGCGAUAACCCUACCUUAAGCUUAAACUAAAGACUCUGGAAGAGUGUAACACAUUAUGUCUCUAACGUUAAAUACAAUUAGAAAACGAUUUAAUUAAAAAUAUAUAUGUAUAUUAAAAAAAGCAUGUCCGAUAUUUUUUUGCCUAUUCCGAUACUUUGAAAAUGAUGUGAUCGGACCCGAUUGAUCGGGAUAUCUCUAGUUGUAACCAGUGUUGUUAAUAACGGCGUUAGAGUAUAACGUUACUAACGGCGUUAUUUUUUUUCAGUAGUGAGUAAUCUAAUUACUUUUCUCAUCAUUGCAACGCCGUUACCGUUACUGAAGAUGUAAAGGCGUGCGUUACUUUGCGUUACUACGUUGGUUGAAUGACGCGAGAAAAGUCUGCGGGACAUGGAGAGAGAACAGCGGGAGUGGGAAAAAGGGAGUUGUGACGCCGUUGCUAAUGCGAUGCUAGGCUAGGUGGCUCCAAUAAUACCUGACUGUAGCUGACAGCCCACAAACUACGCCCACAUGCUGCUAUGCUAGAUAUCACAUGUAUAUGAACUAGAUGCGAAACGACAGACUCGGCAUCGUUAGCAAAUGUAUAGAGAAGUAGAUGCGAAUUGAUACAUUUGCCGGCGUUAGUAAACAGCCACCAUCUUAAAGCAGUAGACUUCUCAGAAAGGCUCUGUUGUAGAGGAUCUUCCUAGCGAACCUUAGUAACUUUUUAUCUAAAAUACUCCUAAAUUGGCAAAAUAUUGACUUGAAUCUAUCUUUAAAUUAUUAAACGGUUUUAAAACUUUCACUGUAGAAUUUAGACAGAAGGGAACUAAUGCAAUAACGGGAGCAAUUUUAACAACUUGAACGGUUGAUUCACAACAAUAAAUGACUUCCAAACAUAGCAAAGGUAGUUAAGUUUAGGGUAAAGAAUUGUGCUAGGGCGACCGUCCCAAAAACCCUUUGAAUUUCACGUUUUUUUUUUUUUUGAAUGGGUAAAAAACAUGAAAAGUAAAACCAUUUACUUUGCCAAGUAACUAAUUACUUUUACAAUCAGGUAACUGAGUUGCUAACUCAAUUACUUUUUGGGAAAUGUAAUUUGUAACUGUAAUUAAUAACUUUUUUUUUUUUUUUUAAGUAAGAUUAACAACACUGAUUGUAACAUAGUAAAAAAAAGUCAAAAUGAAGAUCAGUGUUCAAAAAACCCAUGUGACCAAGACAAUGUCACACCACAUCACCGUAAUUCACCAGUGAAAAAACCUAGCAAGCACCAUUGACUCAAGCUAGCUUAGCCACUCCAGAGCCCUGCAACAGACAAAUAACUAACAAACUGCACGAAAUUUGUUGGAACCAACUAAUUAAAACCCUGCUAACUCAAACUUAAAGCCUAAUUACAAAAAUUCUGAACUUCCCUUUAACUGUAAUCUGUCAAUUUGUAUUAUAGACAUAAGAUCAUUUCAAAAGAGCAUUUAAAGCAUGCAUUCAAUCUGUAGAUGUGCAUGUACUAUCUGACUUUGCAUUCUCAUUCACACACGCGCUUAGUUGGUGGCUCACAGUUAUUUUUUUUUUCCAAUGAAGAAUUAAGAAUAGGCUGAAUAUUCCUCCUGGAGUAAAGCAAUCAUAGCCAAAUAUGAAGUAGAGGUGACGCAGGCAUUGAAAAAGCACCUUGUUAUUUCACUGAUUCUGUAUCGUGUUUACAGCUUUCUGCCUGUUUGAGUUUUUUAUGUCUGUAAAAUUUUAUGAUUGUCUCAAAUGCCAUUGGUAGCAAAAAGUCAAAAUUUUGAAGCCUGUAAAAGAAAGUCAUAAUUUUUUUGCCAGGCCAUAACAAAUCCUCUAAACUUCUAAUAUUUUCAAUGUCUACAUUUGUGUUUUUCAAUGUCUACAUUUGUGUGGUUUUUUUUUUUUUUUUUGUACGUGUUUAUGAACAGUUAUGAUUUUAACUCGCAGGAUACAUUUUGUGUAUAAUUUACAAAAUAAUUACUAAAGGUUUACAGUGUGUACCCAACUGUUGCUACACUUCACUAAUGAGUGGCGUAUUUUUCGACUAGCCAAAAAAUGCGCAAGGAAGAGGAAAAAAAACAUAUAUAAGUCGCAUUUUGGGGGGAAAUUUUGAUUUCUUCAUUUCAGUAAGAGUAACCUCCGCAUUUCGCCAGUCCCUUACAAGUUUCUUGUUAUCUCUAAACAUUCUUUGUCCUGCUCGAUUACCAUUUUCGUUUGCAUAUUUCACUACUGGCAGCUUGGAAUAUGCAAAAUUUGAUUUUCUGUUCUGUGCCAUUUUGUUCAGCCCUUCUCAGUUGUUGUUGUUUGUUUUUAUAAGUUACCACCAAUGUUGAACUAUAGGCCUUGAGGUGGCCUCUUGCGGUUUAGUGUGAAAAUAACAUGUGAGAGACUUAUACUCUAGAGUAAGGUUGUCAAAAGUAUCCAAAAGUAUCAAAGUAUCAAUACUGAAAAGUUUUCUCCAGAUACGAUAUUUAAUUGCUAAAGUAUCGAUACUCAUUUAUUUAGUUUUUGCAGGACUGCAGGCCACCAGAAAUUUGUUCUCAUGGGCGAAAUUUGAAUUUUGUACUACUCUUGAUUAGGGCUGUCAAACGAUUAAAAUUAAAAUUGAGUUAAUCACAGCUUAAAAAUUAAUUAAUCGUAAUUAAUCGCAAUCCAAACCAUCGAUAAAAUAUGCCAUAUUUUUAAGUAAAUUAUUGUUGGAAUGGAAAGAUAAUUCCACAUACUGUACAUAAGUACUGUAUUUGUUUAUCAUAACAAUAAAUCAACAAGAUGGCAUUAACAUUAUUAACAUUCUGUUAAAGCGAACCAUGGAUACAAAGACUUGUAGUUCUUAAAAGAUAAAUGUUUGUACAAGUUAUAGAAAUUUGAUAUUAAAACCCCUCUUAAUAUUUUCGUUUUAAUAAAAUUUGUAAAAUUUUCAAACAAAAAAUAAACUAGUAGCUCGCCAUUGUUGAUGUCAAUAAUUACACAAUGCUCAUGGUGCUGAAACCCAUAAAGUCAGUCGCAGCCAAGCGCCAGCAGAGGGCGACAAAACACCAAAAAACACAAGUAACAAAUGGACAUGACACUGUGCUGUCAUUUUAAUCUGUUUGAGCGGGGCAUGUGCGUUAAAUGCGUCAAAUAUUUUAACGCGAUUAAUUUAAAAAAUUAAUUACCGCCCGUUAACGCGAUAAUUUUGACAGCCUUACUCUUGAUAUUAAUGGAAUAUAUUUUUGCAUUUUCUUUGUUAAUCAUUGGCUGCUAUUGAUGGCCAGUCAAAACGUCUAUCGCUGUCAAUGGCACUGACAAACCAGCAUUUCCAGCCAGGAUGGAACCUAAAAUCAACAGGAAGUAGCCUGGAAUUGAAGCUAAAUCAAUAGGACGUGACCUUAGAAUGCCCCAAAAUCAAUAGGAAGUGACCUGCAGGAUAUUUUAAUGUAGUUUCUAUCAACCUAUUGGCUGUGAUUGACGGCGGAACGUUCGCUCACGACUAUCCCAUCCACUUGAAAUGGAUUUUUGUCUACUACAAACAAACUCAUCGCAGUCCUCAGCUGAGGGAUGAUUAGAUGCCACACAAUUGGACAUCAGUCAUUGUCAAUGGCAUAAAGAGCACAGUCCUUGACAAAAGUCUUGUCGCCUAUCCAUUUUGUAGAAACAAUUGCUAAAAACCUGAAUUUUAAUUAUUCAAUUGGUUUCAGAAAUGGCUUAUAUGAAAGCUAAGACCCUCCAAAAUGAUGUUGAAUGUACAAAAAUAUAUUUGUUUCUCUGAAAAAAGAUUUAUCAUUUAAUGAAGACAUAAAGGUCAACUGGGCUGGCCAGUCCUGGAGGAGCUUGAUCUUCUUUGGCUUGAGGAACUUUGAGGUAAAGAUUGAAGUAUGUGAUGGAGCACCAUCCUGCUGCAGAAUUUGUCCCUUUUUAUGGUUAGGAAUGUAAGAGGCAUCUUAGAUUUGUUGAUAUUUCAGACUAUUUAGGUUGCCUUCCACCCUGCAGAUCUCUCGCACACCCCCAUACAGGAUGUAACCCCAGACCAUGAUUUUGCCACCACCAAACUUCACUGUUUUCUGAGUGAAUCUCGGACCCAUCCGGGCUCCAGUGCAUUGACUGUGGUGUAAUUCAAUGGAAGAUUCAUCUGAAAAAUCCACCUUUUGCCACUUUUCCAGCGUCCAUCCUUUUGACAGGCUGUGGGCCUUGGCAAAAGCCACACUGUUUUUAAUUGUCUUUUGUUUAAUGCUGGUUUCUGGCCACUGAUUCCACCAUGGAGGCCAUUUCUUGACAGAAUUCGACAGACUAUUCUGGUUGACACAGGUGACCAGGUCUCAUGGAGCUCUGCUGCAGUGGAAAAAGAUCAAGAUCCUCCAGGACUGGCCAGCCCAGUCACCAGACAUGGACAUCAUUGAGCAUGUCUGGGGUAGGAUGAAAGAGGAAGCAUGGAAGACGAAACCCAAGAAUGUUGAUGAACUCUGGGAGGCAUGAAAGACUGCUUUCUUUGAUGUUCCUGAUGACUUCAUCAAUAAAUUGUAUGAAUCCUUGCCGAAGGCCAUGGAAGUCAUACAAAAUAUUAAAUUUGGAUCUCACAGCACCACUUCUUAAUUCGCUUAUGUUAUGUAACAUAUUUUUGCAUUUGAAGUACAUUUUUUUGUUCAAUUUUCACACUACUUUCUGUAGGCGACAAAACGUUUGCCUUGCCAAAAUUUGACCUUUAUGUAUUCAUUAAAUGAUAAAUCUUUUUUCAGUGAAACAAAUAUAUUUUUUGUACAUUCAACAUCAUUUGGGAGGGUCUUAGCUUUCAUAUGAGCCAUUUCUGAAACCAAUUGAAUAAUUAAAAGUCAGGUUAUUAGCAAUUGUUUUUACAAAAAGCGACAAGACUUUUAUCAGGGACUGUACAUUAAAAAAAAAAAAACACUUAAUUUUGGUAUUUUUAUUUAACUAGUAUCGAGUAUUUUUUAAGCAUCGAUAUCGAAUUGAAAAUGUUCGUAUCAUGACAACACUACUCCAGAGUAUAAGUCGCACCCCUGGCCAAGCUACGAAAAAAAAAACUUAUAGUCCGAAAAAUACACAAAAAUUUCACAAUGAAAAACUGGUACUGGAAACACCUGAAUUUUGAAGAAAAAAAAAUCAAAUAUCUCAAAAAUGCUUUCAUGAGGGGGCUUUUAGAUGUUUCGAUAUUACACACCUACCACAGGACGUGGCGUAGCUAGUCACAUGAUCACUUCUCUGUACGCAAAAGUUUUGGGCGUCCAUCUCGCGGGGUGAAGAGACUUUUACGAAAUAAACAACCUUCAGUAAAAACACGCUUAAGUUGCAGUUAUACUUUGCGCAUUUUUUAAAAUAUCACUUUGCGAAAAACUAAUGGAAAAGCAGCUUUUAGAAAAUAACAUCAGUUACCUAUACAGUAUAUAAAAAAGGUUUCCUGGAUAUACCAGUAACAACUAAAAUGCAUUGUUUGCAUUUUUUGUAAUUAUGUUGUUUAACAGAGAAAAAAAAAGUCAGUUAGAUUGCCAGUACGUCUUUUUUCCCCCCAAAGAUGUUUUUAUCCCUUCCCCCUCAUUGUCUAUAAUUUUAUAUUACCACGCAUCAAAAUUAGUGUAAAAUUCCAUUGUAAAUAGUCAUCGUGGGUUAUUAUGAGUCUAGCAAAUUUUUAUACCAACACCUAAAUGUGCUUGAGAGGAUCCACAGUUAAGAAAGUUUAGUUCAAUAGUGCAACAUCUUUGAAAGAUUGCCGUUUACUGUCAUUGUUGUCGAUUGAAUCGAAGUUGUCAUGGGCUAGCAUGUACUUCGUAGCGUCGCUCAUGCAUGCGAGUCAUUAAAUGCAGCAUGCCACUUAUAAAUGUAAUAAUCAAUUAUACCCCAAAGUGAUAUACCCAUCAUAAACAAAGCCAAUUUGUGGCUUUUAACAGUUUUAAUUAGAACUUUACUAACGGGAUACGCCUGUGCAUUGUCAGACGCUACAUCUUUGCAAACAGUAUUGAUAUUGUGUGUGUAUUACGUCUUUUUUUGUUUGUUUUCAGGGGGUGAAUGUGUAUUUUAACACAUAUCUCCUUUGGCCAAGGGUUCUUAUCUUGUGCCAGCAGAAUUUAGUAGCGUUUUAUUAAAAACAAAUGCACUGAAAUAAUAAUUUAACAGUUUUCCCCUUUAAAAAUAGUCCUGAUCAUGAUAAAUCAGAGCACUUUUGUUUGUUGAUUAAUUCCACUAACAUGCUUCACAUUUGACAAUGUUCAUACCUUUUUUCAAAAUACAACUGUGUGGAAGCAGUAACAUUACUAAUAAUUUUUAAUCAUUUAAUUUUUCAUAAUUUGAGUGCAAAGUUUGCGUAUUUGUUCAUGAUUGAUUUUAGUGCUCCUUUAUCCCAUUUUAUGUUGCUAUAGACCAGUGGGACCACUCACUCGUUAAUGUCUCAUUAACUCAUUGGCUGCCAUUGACGGCCAUAGAUGUCCAAUCCAUUUGAUAUGCAAAUUUUAAAUGCAGUGAUAAUAUUUAGUAAAUGAUCAUCUUCAGUGCCAUUUAGACAUCCAAAUUCAUUUGAACAGCGAUGGUGGCAGCAAAUGAACCAGUGUUGUUUUUGCCUGCCCUUUUAAUUUCCGUUUGUCUUUUGGACAAUAAUACUUAUUAGUCUUAGUCUUAUUUUAGUCAUCUCAAAAUGUGUUUGUCUUCGUCUCGUUUCUGUUGACGAAAAAUCAAGACUAAUUUCGUAUAGUUUUAGUCGACGUUUACUAUUAAUUAUUCAACUACAUAUAUAUAUAUAUUUUUUGAAUUACUCUAAAAAUAAAUAUAUAAACGUUUCCAACAAUUUCGAAUGAACAUGACAGACGAGGACAUAUUGUAGCAUCAACAAGGACAACGCCGACUUAGUGAUAAUACACACUCAGCAGAUAACACAAUACAUUAUUUUUAAAAUUAAUUAUACUCACCUGGACUCUAUGAAGUGUAUGUGAAAAAGUCAGAGAAUUUAAGCACACGUUCACCAUUAGCAUUAGCCUAAUGCUAACGCGAAUGCUAUGCUAACGCUACAAGUUGCAUUUAGUGUGUAACAGUGUUGUUUUGGCAGCCAUUUUAACUUUUGACUUAGUAUUUUGGACAAAAAUACUUAUAAGUCUUAGUCAUUUCAAAAUGUGUUUGUCUUCGUCUAGUUUUAGUCAACGAAAACUCAGACAAAUUUUGUUAGUUUUAGCGACAAUACUCAAAAUGCUUUCGUCUAUAAACUUCAAAAGUUUUAGUCCAUGAAUAAAUAAAAGGUUUCCAACAAUUUCGAAUGAAAUUGACCGACAAGUACAUUACUGUAGCACAGGGGUGACCAACUCCGGUCCUCGAGGGCCCCUAUCCAGCUUGUUUUCCAUGUCUCCCUCCUUUUAAACACCUGAAUCAAAUGAGCAGCUCAUCAGUAAGCUCUGCAGGAGCCUGAUAACGAUCCUGAUCAUUUGAGUCAGGUGUGUUGGAGGAGGGAGACAUGGAAAACAAGCUUGAUAGGGGCCCUCGAGGACUGAUGUUGGCUACCCCUGUUGUAGCGUCUACAAGGACAACGCCAACUUGGUGAUAAUACAUACUCAGCAGAAAAACAAUACAUUAUUUUUGAUUAAUUAUACCCACCUGGACGCCAUGAACUGUAUGUAAAAAAGACCAUUUAAGAGGAUGCUCGCCAUUAGCAUUAGCCUAAUGCGACUGCUAUGCUAACUCUACAAGUUGCAUUUAGUGUGUAACAGUAUUGUUUUGGCAGCCAUUAUAAUUUUCGUCUUAGUCUUUUGGAUAAAAUACUUAUUAGUCUUAGUCAUAUUUUCGUCAUUUCAAAAUGUGUUCAUCUACGUCUAAUAUUAGUCAACGAAAACUCAAAUUUUUUUCUAGUUUUAGUCGACAGUUUUCGUCUAUAAACUUCAAAAGUUUUAGUCCAUGAAUAAAUCAAUAAAUAAAAGGUUUCCAACAAUUUCGAACGAAAAUGACAGACGAGCACAUAACUGUAGAGUCUACAAGGAAAUCACCAUUUUCAUGAUGAUAAUACACUCUGCAGGAAAACAGCACGUUAUUUGCAAUUAAUUAAACUCACCUGGACGCAACGAAUUGUAUGUAAAAUGUUUUCCAAGAGUUUAAUACAGACAUGUCCAAAGUGCGGCCCGGGGGCCAAAUGCGGCCCGUGGUCAAAUUUCAUCCGGCCCCCAGCCUGUGUCAUAAAAUCAAUAAUGUCUGGCGCGCACACAGACCUAAUAAAUUGGUCAGCAGUACUGCUACCAGCUUACACACUAAAUGCUGCUCCUCAUUUACCCACUAAAAAUCAGCAGCACUCUAAGCAACAUUACCCCGUGUGACCCUCUACUCCCAAUUUUCUAAAAUAGUGACAAUCAACACAAAAAAAAAAGAAAGUUGACUGUGACGGCCGACGCUUCAAGGAUAGGUGGACAUUGAACUAUUUCUUCACUAAAUUACGCAAAAACUGUUUUUAAAGAGUUCGAUGUGAGGCGAUAUUACUGAACAAGACAAGCUGACAGGGAAGAUACUGUAAGUAGCGAGAAAUUGGAACAACUUAAAGCUAGUUUAAUUUUACAGCAGUAGUAUUUCGCAAGAGCCCAAGAGAUGAAAGAGACCGCCACAAAGGCUAGUUGCAAGAUUUUGUGGAAAUUAUUAAUUUAAAAAAUUAUAAUAAAGCAAAUGUGACACACAGAAUGGCUUGCUAAAAUUUGCAUAAAUAUAUUGUUCUACGUAAAGGAUGUCAGCCAAGGUCGGCCCCCCACAUUUUUACCACACCGAUCCUGGCCCCCUUUGCAAAAAGUUUGGACACCCCUGGUUUAAUAAGACACUGAGUCACUGCUCUAAAUGCUAAUGCUAACACAAAGCUAACACUACAAGCUAGUUUAGUGUGUGAUGAUCACUCAGCACAGACCUUUAAAGGCAAAAGCAAGAUGGCAUAGCUAAGAUAAGAAAACAAAACUUACCACACAGCACCUGACACGUUUCACAAAAGGAGCCUGGAAUGGGCACACGCUUAAUUAAUAAGCCUGUGUUUGGGGCGAGGGGGUUGUAGCACGUCACAUGAGUGACACGACCAAACACUGCUAAAUGCAUUCUAACUAUACAUACAAUAAGAAAAUAUCACACAUUGUGAAUUUAUGACGGAAACUAUGGCGAAUUUUCAUCUCGUUCUCGUGUCGUUAGACAACAACUUGCAUCCAUCUCGUCAUGUUUUAGUCUUCCAAGACAUGUUUUCAGCGCGUCAUCGUCAUUAAAAAUUUGAUCGUUGACGAAAUGUUUUCAUUAUCGUCAUCAUUGACGCAGCACGUCACAUGAGUGACACAACCAGAAACUGCUAAGAUGCAAGCUAACUACAGAUAAAAAUGUCACAUAUUGUGAACAAUGUGACGGAAAUUGUUGCGCAUUUUCGUCUAGUUCUCGUCUCGUCAGACGAAAACUGACAUUCGUUAUGUUUUAGUCUUCAAAACCACGUUUUAGCUCAUUAUCGUCUCGUCAUCAUCAUGAGAAAAAAUAUUCGUCGACAAAAUAUUUCGUAAAUGUUAACGAAAACACUGGAAUGAACCAAUCAUUCGCUGCCACCAUUCCUGUCCAAAUGAAUAUGGGCGUAUCGUUGUCAAUGGUGGCCAAUGAGUUAAAUGGAUUUCUGAUCUUAAAUAUUGUGUUUAUUUUAUUCGUUUUGCUUUUGUGGCCAGUGUUAGUUGUCCUUUCUGCUUUUCAGGCAAUGCAAGAAUGUUGAUAGAAAGUCUGAAUUUUCUUCCCUCUAAUGUGUAACAUUACAUACAGAUUAAAGAGAAGCAUUUUGCAUGUGCCAAACAAAUAUGUCAUACCCUUGGUGCCCUAGAUGUAGUUAUGAUGUCAACGUGUCUCGACAUGAACCAAACCUGCUGCUUCUCUGAUCACAUCACACAAGUUUUGUUUCCUGACUAGCCUAGCAUUGCGCAGGCUGACUUUGCCCUGAAAACACUGAAACUAGAGAAGCAUCUGAUUGUUUUAACAUCCACAAUGAAUAAAAUAUAGGUAAAUGUAGUCUACCCGACAACUACUAUGUUGUUCUCUUUUUUUCUCAAUGAGGGUAAUUCACAUGAUGUUAUACCCUCUUCCUGGUAUGCCGAUAGGAGUGUAUCCCUCUGUACAUACAUGAAAACUGAAGCAGCAAACUUUUACAUGGCCGUUUACAUGAUGACUCUCCGAGAAUACGAAAAAUUUCAAAUUUGCAUUUAUAUGGGCCCGUCUUCAUUCGAACAAUGUCGCAAUUCCGCAUGAAAACGAUGUAGUAUUCAUGCCAGGCCCUAGGGGGCAAUGCAGAUUUACAGGGCGACAGAGAAUGAUGCACUUUGACCCCACCAAGCGCCCUCAGCCCGGAAAGAAAUAUGCUGGCCCACUCGAAGCAAUAGCAUUUUUCUUUUGUACAAAAAGGCACAAAAAUGGAAACAUUCAACAUAUUUAAUUUAAAAGUAUUAUUAAAACAGUAAAUUAAAGCCGACAUUCCGCCAUAUUUGCAGUUUUUAAUAUUUAGUAGCACCGCUGCGCACACCCAAUUUGACGUGUACGAGUGCUGACGUUAUCGGCGCGGUCUCGCACCGCGGGAGCCUUUGAUAUGCAUGUCGAGGAAGCCCCCCCUCAAUCCCCUGCAAUCGGAGUCUUCCACUUUGGAGGCAGGAUUCAGAAUUUUUCGUCGUUGCCUUCCGUCUUCGCCGACACCAUAUGCACGCGAGGCCACUCCGCAACACAGUCAUUGCGUCUUCGUGUCGCAGAGUUGCCAUGUAAACUGCCCCUUAGUGAACGCCAACAUUUUUGAUUGAAUGAAUGGAUGAAAUGUUAAUUGUCAUCAUCAUCGGUUUCAUUGACAGUUACAAAAUGUGGGAUAGUUUGGCCAAAGAAAGAGAAUCAUUGACAGUCACAAAAUAUGGAAUAAUUUGCCCGAAAAGACCGAUGACAGACAAAGGAAGACGGGGAAAAGCAUAUGCUUAUCUUUUAAAUGAAUUUGCACAUCAUCCUCACUUUGCAUUUACUGUACAACCAACUUUGCUUACACUUUAAGUUUUUUUUUUUUUUUUUUUAUUUAUUUUUUUAUGUAAUUCAGAUAUGGGAGAAAAUAAAGCAAAAUCCCCAGAAAAGGUUGUUAAGUACGUUAAAUCAAUUCCUUUUUUUUGUACCAUUCUGUUUCUUAAUUUGAAAGCCACCCCCCACUGACUUUGCUACAUCUCAUCCUCGCUUCUCAUUAUAUGCGUCUAGUUAAUCCAUCACCUUAUCAACAGUCUCCACACAUCUAGCAGCCCCUUUUGAGUCUUUUGAUUUCUUAAAUUCACACAUACACACGAACCCAGCAUGUAAAUUGUCAACGAUCCAACUUUCCCUUGUGUUAUAAACAGAGGUGGGUCGUAACGCGUUACAUUUAAUCAGCUACAUUUACUUUUUGAGAAAAAUGUACUUCCAAGAGUAGUUUUACCAGACCAUACUUUUUAAUUUUUUUUACUUGAGUAAAUUUGUGAAGAAUAAACACCGCUCUUACUUUGAUACUUUGGGCUACAUUACAUUUUCCUCUUUAUUCUAGAUAUUAAAUUUGACUUUAUUUUUGCCAGAGAUGCCCACAGUGGCUCUACCAGUUUCACCAAUCAGACAUCGCAACAAUAAUCACAUAUCUCUUUUAUACCAGUCAGACGUAACAAUUAGGGUUGUGACAUAUAUCGAAAAGGUGAUCAAUUGCGAUCAUUUGUAUCCCAAAAUGUUAUCGAUAUGCUCCCAAGAAGAAUUGAUGUAUUGUUUUAAAAAGAUGUCACGGUAUAAAAAAAAAUAAAAAGUAGGGUUGUUCAGAUCAUUUCGUUUUUUUGCUCCGGAUCCGAUCCCGAUCGUUUUAGUUUGAGUAUCUGCCGAUCCCGAUAUUUCCCAAUUCGAUUGCUUUUUUUUUUUUUUGCUCCCGAUUCAAUUCCAAUCAUUCCCGAUAAUUUUUCCCGAUCAUAUACAUUUUGGCAAUGCAUUAAGAAAAAAAUGAAUAAAACUCGGACGAAUAUUACAUUCAACAUACAGUACAUAAGUACUGUAUUUGUUUAUUAUGACAAUAAAUCCUCAAGAUGGCAUUUACAUUAUUAACAUUCUUUCUGUGAGAGGGAUCCACGGAUAGAAAGACUUAAUUCUUAAAGGAUAAAUGUGACUUUGUAUAUUGUGACUAAAUAUUGCCAUCUAGUGUAUUUGUUGCGCUUUCAGUAAAUGAUACUGUAGCCAUUUAACUUCUGCCCAAAUGCAUGAUGGGAAGUGCAACCAUGACUGCGUAGUGCUACCAAUUGAUAUAUCUUCUCUGCGUUGGGAAAUAACAUAGGGUGUUAAGAAAAAGAUUACUACCUUGCCUCCCCACAUUGUUUCCCACGAUAUUUCUGAUCGAAGGGAGAGGGAUUGUAAGGCUUUAGGCAAUUAAAAAAAGGCUCCAAAGGCUGCCAAAAUUCACUCUACUCUUUUUACGCUGCCUUUUAGCUCUCUAUAUAGGUAAAGCGGCGCCAUUACAGAUGGAGCGCGACAAUGCAUGAAUGGGUCGUGCAGCACAAGCAUUAAUUGCGUUAAAUAUUUUAACGUGAUACAUUUUCAAAAAAAUUAUUUACCGCCGUUAUCGGGAUUAACUUGAUAACCCUAAUUUAAGCCUACAUUAAAGACUCUGGAUGAGUGUAACAUAUUAUGUCUGUAACGUUAAAUACAAUCAGAAAACAAUUUAAUUAAAAAAUAUAUAUAUAUAUAUAUUAAAAAAAAGGCAUAUCCGAUAUUUUUUUGCCGAUUCUGAUACUUUGAAAAUGACGUGAUCGGACCCGAUCGAUCGGCACCCCGAAUCUCUAAUAAAAAGGAACCAAUCAGUGUUGGUUUUGGCGGCCAUUUUAAUUUUCGUCUUAGUUUUCAUGUAUUGGACGAUAAUACUUAUCCCAUCGUUUUUUUUCACAACGUUUGAAAAUGCAUGCAUCGUACAAAAAAAUAAAAUACCUUGAAUCCUCAAACACAUCCCUCCUGAGACAAUCCUUCCUGUUUGUAUGCAGUACAGCUUUCGUACUUUUUCAACAGAAAUCCGGCGUUAGAUCGCCGCGUGCUUGUGUUUGUGAAUAGCUCCUCUUGAUGUGGGCGGCCCCCUACUUGAAUGCGAGGCGCAGAGCAUGACCAAUCUGACCCGUGAAUACAUUAUGAAGUCUAUGCCAGGGGUUCCACACACAAGCUUGCAGUCGAAAGUCCUAUUAUCAUGCUAGCUUUUUAAAUCACGUGGCCUUUAAAGAGCUGUAAAAAAUCAACUAUUUUACAUAGAGUCCUGCCGUCAACAUUACUCAAAAUUUCAACCUCUCUCCCUGUUUUUAUUUGCCACCGAUACAGCACGGAGAUAUGAUUGUUUUAAAUUUGCGGUAGGAAAUAUUUUCUCCACUAGAGGUCCCUCGUGCUCUUUAGACGGGUGAUUAUUCAGGUCGGAAUUUGAUGAUUUUUGUGUUGUUGUUUUUUAUUUUGCUUAAUAUGGUCAUGUAAUAGGUUAGAGUACAUUAUAAUGAUAACAACAGUUAAUAUAAAUGACGUGCUGAGAAAAAAAAAAUCUGACAUUGUAAGCAGUUACUCACAAUGUUACUCAUUACUUGAGUAUUAUUUUCACUGAAUCCUUUUUUUUUUUUUUUUUUUUUUUUA